AAUAUCCAAAGAGUGAAGCGGUACGAUGAAGAAUAUCAGUCAAUCGUUGACUGUGACUGUAGGAGGACGGUACGCUCCGCAGUCGUGUGCUGAGUAUAAAUCGGGAUUGGUUGAUGGUUCUCCAGUAAGCCCCACCUACCAGGUGGUCGUUCGAAAGUGUAGUUGUGUAGUUUCUUACAACGAAACGACGGGCGCUGCUCUCUCCUCGACGUAUCCAAUCGCGAGAAAAUCUGAAAUGAGACGUAUCGGUGAGCUAAUAUGUGACGGUUGAGAGAAAACGAGGACCAGGAACGUGUGAGGGUGGUUUACGCGCGGGUGCUACCACUUUCGAAGCGUGACGAAGAAAACGGACCACGUAAAGAAGUGGCAAAGGUGGAGAUCGUGAAAAAAGAUACGCGUCGAGAAAACGAAGGAAAAACGCGUGUGUGCCAGAGCUACGUGCAAAAAGAAUCCUCUAUUUCGGGGGGGGGUUGUAUAUAUCUUUCUCUCUCUCUUUGUGUCUCUCUACUUUCCUCUUUUUUUUUUUCUUUCUUUCUGUUUCUCUCCAUCGUUACUCCGAUUUGUUCCGAGUGAAAGUAUCUAUCUCGUUGCGGCAAGUGUUUUCUCACCGCGUUGUAUGCGUCGUUCUCGUAUCGCGGAGUAACAAGUAAAGGUAAAAAAAAAGUGCUACGUUUAACUAACAAGGACGUCAGCUGUGUGCGCUUUUACGAAGGGGACGUGUGCGAGAGAGAACCCACUGUUGAGAGACAGAGAAAUGGCGGCGCUGGCGGCAGGUGUCCAGUAUGGUUUGUCGUCGCAUAGUAAUUUUCACGAAAACAAGUCCCUGAUCUUCGUGAAACUCACCGACUCGGCGCAACGUGCCAUCGAGGACUUCCUCAGAAAUCGGAACAAGACCACCCAGAACCCUACUAUACAGUUCCUAGGAAACGAAGGGCAACUCUCCUUUCCAUCUACCCAAUCCAACCAUGGAUCGACAGGGUUUACGUUUAGCCUUUCUGGCAAUCAGGACAUCGAGGGUCCUCAGGGUAGCUUCGAAUGCAUCCAACAGACAGGCCCUAAGAGCCUGGAGAGUCUUGGCGCAUUGCCGUGUAAAAUGCGGAUACAGGCGAACGACGAUGUGUACGAGACAACCAGGCAUCGGAUGGCCGUCGCCGAGGAGAAUAACAAGAAUAAAUGCACCAGAGUUAUCAAGCCAAACGGACCGGACAUCGGGCGCAAGGUGAAGGUGAAAACUACCGGAAGAACUAUUCCAUCUCCAUCACCGUCGAAUUCGAGGUAUCGGGAAUCGACGAGCAUUCCAACUUCCGUUAGUCAGCCUAGAAUGUCUUCCUCUUACAAGGCUGCUGUCAAUAAUCAACCAACAGCCCGAAAUCAACCAGAGAAAAAAAUCUCCGAUAUCAUGCGUAGACCACUCAAGGAAAGGCUUAUCCAUCUUCUUGCUUUGCGGCCAUACAAAAAGCCGGAAUUGUACGAUCGUAUAAACAGAGAGGGCAUCAAAGAUCGAGAACGUACCGCUAUGACGACAAUUCUGAAACAGGUAGCUUUCAUGAGGGAUAACACGUAUCAUCUGCAUAGAUACGUCUGGAAUGACGUGCUAGAAGAUUGGCCUUAUUACACGGAACAGGAAAAAACGAUGUUGAAAAGAAGAAAACCUCAGAAUCUAACGCCUCCUGGUUCUAGCGAUGGAUCCAGCGGCAGCGGGCAAUCCCCAAAUUCCACUCAUCCAGGUUCACCGCCUGCGAUUACAGCACCUCCACCCUCAUUACUGAGCAACAAGCGACCAGGUUAUUACCAGGGUAACGAUGGAUUGCCUACAAAAAGACCACGUAUAUCUCAUUAUAAGAAGCCAGAAUUGAAUUCUGGAUCGUCGAACAUGGGAGAAAAUGGAAGGACGGCUAGUAGUAGUGGUGGAAAUAGUAACAGUGUUAGUGUCGUUUCCAGUGGAUCCGGUGGUAGUAGUAGUGCUAAUGGUGGCAGUGGUGGUAACAGCGGUGGUGUGAUCGACGGCUGGGAUCAACGACAACAUCAGCGUGAUCGUCGUGGCGAUUAUCGACCCGAAAGAACAGCAAACAGUGAUGUGCUACGAGGUGGAAGCUAUGGUCAUGGAAAAGCGUGCUUGACGCCAACCAGUGAUAGUGAAGAGACCAACCAGCACGGUCAUCGGGACGGGAACACCGGAAUGUCUGCGAGCAACGUCGCUAACAAUUCGACAACUGGCCAUAGUAGUGUAGCCCAUAAUAAUUCUUUGAGCGGCAGUCGUCAUCAUCACGGAAAGACUGCAAUGCUUGCUAGCGAAGCGAAUGCCGGUACGGCUGUGAAUUGCGUGGCACGUUCGAUGCCGAGUGCCGCGAGUGACGGUGGUAGUGCAGGUAGUUAUAGUGGUAGUUCGAAUGGAAUACUCGCCGACAGGAGAGAUAGAAGCGAUAGGAACGAUAGGGGACGCUCUGGCGACAGGGAUCGUGACCCCAGAAAGAAGAAUAACGGAACAGCCGAUAACUCGUAUAACGACUUAAUCGUACCUAACUAUGCCGCCACUGAACAUAAUCCUGACGGUCUUCACUUAGAGGAGAGUCCUAAAUCAUCGGAGUAUCCGGACUACCUCACGUAUUAUACGACAAUAAGCAGUUUAGAACAGAGAAGACGUUACAAGGCAGAAUUCAAUGCUGAUUAUGAAGAAUAUCGAAGGCUGCAUGCUCAAGUGGCGAAAGUAUCUAAACGAUUCAUUCAGCUUCAAGAUCGUUUGAGACGGGAAGAGGCCUCUGGAAAUUGGGACGAAUACGAGGAAAUAAGGCAGCAAAUUUUGGACGAGUAUAGCGAGACAAAACGCGAUCCUAAGCAUAAGGAAACGAAACAUCGUUUUCAUUACUUGCAUGAAAAGCUAAGCCACAUCAAGCGACUGGUAUUGGAAUAUGACACGCAGAACUGUGGUGGCAUGGCUAACAGCAGCAACGUCGGUAGUAGCAACGACAUGAAGGAAAUGGAUAGUUUGCACUACUGACACAAACUGAAAAGGCCGCUUUUUACUCUCUACCUUUUUUCGGUUGUCGGUAUGCUAUUAUCUUCAGUGUCGAAGAAUUUGCAUUUUCUCGGCAUGUUCCAAGGCUGAUCUAAAACGGUCCACAUGGUUCCUGAGUUGUAUCGCCGAAAACAAAGUCAAGUACUCUCUGAACCGGAGUUGCGAGGAUAUAUACAUGUAUAUAUAUAUAUAAACUCGCACAUCACGAAGAACCUUCAAUGCUGUUGUUGAAAAAAUUUGCGUGUAAGUUGAGGAUCUCUCUUCUGUAACUGAUUUGUGCGCGCGACUGUGAUGAUCUCUUCGACUUACGUUGUGUGAUCAUGAGCGAUCAUCGGGAUAUGCUUGCGUGCUACUUCGACCAAUGGUAACCAGAUUGAUAAAGGAUCUUUUUAACGACAAUCGGUACAAUUUGAAGGGAAAGACGAAGUAUAAGAAUAAUGGAAAUAAAAAAAGAAAAAGCCUGAAGUCCAUCCGAGGAGGGAGAGAGAGAGAGAGAGAGAGAGAGAGGGAGAGAGAGAACAAUGAGGAAAAAGGGCAUUCGCGGAGAACUAGAUAUAUAUGCGUGAACUGAAAAAAACACAGAGACGUUUCUUCUUGAGAAGAAAGAGCUCUGUCCUCCAAUGGAAGAUAGGAAGAAGAAUAAUAGGGAAACAGCGAAGAAAGAAGAUAAUGGAGAAAAAAGUAUACUCUAUAUAAUUAGUUACUUACCGUGCGCACAUGUAAGUGCGCACUUCCAAGCGUGUCGUCCAAUUUAACAUUAGAUUAAAAACAAAAAGGAAAAAUCGACAGUGCGAAUGCGAGAACAGGGUCCAAAAGGUAAUAAAGGGCUUAUCACGUGCCACGUCCUGAGGACACUGCGUUUCUUUUUCCAUUGGAAGGAAAAAGAAAGGAGACUAGCACAGAGACUGUCCACGAGCUGCCGUGAAUCGUAUAUAUGAUCUGCUGCUCGCCAUUUUCUUUAUUUCUUUCUUUCUUAUUCUCUUUGUUCCACCAUUUCUGAUUGUCUUUUUUUACGUCUUUCCUUUUAUCUUAUUUCUUUGUUCUCAUUUGCCUUAUUAGAGAAAGAAUAAAGGGAAUCCUUAACUUUUUCCGCUAAGAGAGAGAGACUAUGUUAUAUGCAUCGUAAGGUUAGAACGAUUCUUUGUUACUUCUUCGUUCUCUUUUUUGUUUCUUCACCAUACGGCCCAUCUCUUAUAUCAGGGACUCGGUCGGUGUAUCUUGACUUAGUAGGCAUAACUUGGAAAUCUAUCUUGUAACGAUGAAAACAAAAAAAGAAAAAAAAAAAAGCGUAAUAAAACAAAAGAGAGGAAGGAUGAGAAUACGUUAAGCACUCUUUUUAGAAUUAUCUGCCAUAAAGUGAUAUAAGAAAACGAACGAACCAAUCACGUGCGGUUAGCUAUGGUUGGACUUUGCGCUUCAGAUAUGCACGAAAGAAGCAGGACUAAAGUUUAGGAAAAUGAGAAUGAGACGAAAAAUAGAAUUGGCUUCGUUACUUCCAAAUCGCGCGAUCGCUCGUAGUGGUUCCAGUUGUGUGGUAUCGUUAUGCUAGGAUACAUCCGUUUUAUACGAUUUCAUAACUGUUGUUAGUUAUUGAAAGGCAGAUGGUGCGGAGCCAUCACCGAUACGAAAUAAAAGAUAUUUAACAAACAGCAAAUUAAAAAUCCCCCCCC